CUUGCCACAAUGCUGCUGCUCAGACUGAUCCUUAGCCUGAUUCUCCUUGGCGCCUCCUGGGGUUGUGGGGUUCCCGCCAUCAAACCGGCGCUGAACUUCAACCAGAGGAUCGUCAACGGGGAGAACGCAGUGCCCGGCUCCUGGCCCUGGCAGGUGUCCCUGCAGGACAACACUGGCUUCCAUUUCUGUGGGGGGUCCCUCAUCAGCCCAUCGUGGGUGGUCACCGCUGCCCACUGCAAUGUCAGCCCCGGCCGCCACUUGGUCGUCCUGGGCGAGUACGACCGAUCAUCCAACUCGGAGCCCUUGCAAGUGCGGUCUAUUGCCCGGGCCAUCACACACCCUAACUGGAAUCCCAACACCAUGAACAACGACCUGACGCUCCUCAAGCUCGCCUCGCCGGCCCAGUACACGGCCCGCAUCUCACCCGUCUGCCUGGCUGCCCCAACAGAGACGCUACCCACUGGGCUCACUUGUGUCACCACUGGCUGGGGUCGCAUCAGCGGCGUGGGCAACGUGACACCAGCCCGCCUGCAGCAGGUGGCCCUGCCCCUGGUCACUGUGAGUCAGUGCCAGCAGUACUGGGGCUCCCGCAUCACGGACGCCAUGAUCUGCGCGGGUGGUUAUGGCUCAUCCUCAUGCCAGGGUGACUCUGGAGGCCCCCUUGUCUGCCAGAAGGGCAGCACAUGGGUGCUCAUUGGCGUGGUCUCAUGGGGCACCUCCAACUGCAACGUGAACACACCUGCCAUGUAUGCGCGAGUGAGCAAGUUCAGUGCCUGGAUCAACCAGGUCAUGGCCUACAACUGAGUCCACUGGCCCCUCUCCGGCUCAACCCAAUAAAGCUCCAGGCUCCGCUCUCA